AUGAGCCUUAUCCAGCUGAACACCAUGGACCUCAUGUCCACUGAUCCUUUCAGCCAUGCUGAAGUAUUGUACGAUCAGAAUUUGGGCAAUCUUGAAGGCCUACUCCAGGGCAGCGACCUGGAGGUGGAAUGGCCGGCGACCCCCGCCCAAUGCCAAAUCCUUGAAUCGGACGAAAUGCCCUGGUGUAAGAUCAGCCUGAUCUUGCCUCGGCAGUCUGUCCCUGAUGUGAAUCGAAUUCAGUCGAGCUGGACGCAGCUCUGCUCCCACCACUGUGGGCUACGUACGGUAUUCCGUUCGGAUCCCCGAUCCGGCCAGACGUAUCAGCGGGUUGUGUAUCGCACCCCUGAAAUCCACUGGGAUACUAAGCCUAUUGGCAGCAAUGUCUCUUCAUCCAACUCGUCGCUAGCAGAUGCCCCAGCGGAUGAUGAUCUGGCACAGCUGGUUGUCUGUCGCCACCCCAGCAGCGGUAGCUAUUACUUGACACUCCGUGCCCGGCGGGCAGCCGUUGACGGCACCUCGCUUGAGAUCAUCAAGCGGAAUUUCGUUAUGCUUUACUGCGGUUUGCCCUUGCCAGAGCACACCCCGCUGGCAGCAUACCAGCGUUUCCUCAAGGAGACGAAAGACACGGCCAGCAGUAUUGCCUUCUGGAAGGCUCAGCUUAGCGGUGCUGUGCCACCCGUCGCUCUCCCCUGGGAGACCGGUCUUUCAGACGUGAGUCGGGCUCCAGACCGCCAGGCCCUUCGCCUCCAUCUCGAUGACAAUUCCCACCCAGGGCUCUCUCAGAUUGAGCAUGCUUCGGGGUUGCCACGCAAACUCAUCUUCGAGACCCUAUGGGCCUAUGUCUUGCACUGCCACUCUGGCGCUAGUGAUGUACUCUUCGCGGCUGUGGAACGCGAUGCGAGCUUCCCGGAUGCCGCCUCCUGUGUAGGCUACCUUGACCAUACCUAUCCCGUCCGAUUGUCGGUGUCCAGCGAGGAGACUUUCGUCGGGCUGUCCGACCGGCUCACCAGCUUCCAUCAGUCAGCAUCCCCGCAUGCCUACUUGGGAUACGACGCUCUAUCCCGAGAUCUCGCGAAGCCUAUCGAGUCAGUUCUAAGAUAUUCCCCUGAUCCGAAUGGACCGACACUGGCUGGUCAAUUGGCGCCGUUUCCUCUGGCCAUGUUCAUUAAUGGUACCGGUGUCAUCACUUUGACCCUGUGCCAUUCACCCCUCACCGCAACUGCAGAUGCCCAGCUGCUCCUGUCACAUUUCUCCCAUGCCAUUUACAGUGCGCUGAACAAAUUUUACCUUCCUCAUACUCGCCUGGAGGAUGUCGAACUAGGCUCGCGGGAAGAAAAGUUGGCUCAGGUGCAUACGGCUAAGGCGCUGGCUCGCCAGCACCAAACUUCUACUAUCACGCGUUUGUUUGAGGAACAGGUCGUGAGAAGUCCCGAAGCUGCUGCGGUGCAGUUUGAGGAGGACAACCCACUAAGCUAUGAGGAGCUCAAUGCUCGCGCAAACCGGCUGGCGCGCACUCUGCCUCCACUGAAAGGCAAGGUGGUCCCAGUCUGUCUCGACCGCUCUCCCGACCUUAUUGUCGCCCUACUCGCAAUUUUAAAAUCGGGAGGAGCAUACACGGUGCUUGAUCCAGAGGGGCCCAUUGAAAGGAACAGUCAAAUCAUUGAAACCUGCUCUUCGACUGUCAUCCUGACGAGCCGUCGUUAUGCAUCUACAUAUCUCAAUGCUCUCGCAAUAGAAGACUACAUGCUCACGACAGGUACAGAAGAAAUGUCUGCAGACCUGGAUAUCAGCAUUGGCAGUGAGGAUCCAUGCUACGUGGUGUUCACUUCCGGCUCGACUGGCAUGCCAAAGGGCGCAGUUGUCACUCAUGGAGCCGCCACAAAUGGAAUGGCCUACCAUACCCUGAAUGGCAAACAGCGGUGGCUGCUCUUCUACAACCCAACUUUCUCCGCUGCACAACGGACGAUGCUCUCGACCCUGACGCAUGGAGGCACUCUCCUCUUAGCCGGCAAGCAAAGGCUGACGACGCGCCUAGCUGAAACCAUCCGCACCAUGCAGGUAGAUGCCCUCGGAAUUACGCCAUCAGCGCUCUCUCUCAUGGAGCCUAGUGACGUACCCGACCUUAAGCAGGUCACGCUGGUGGGCGAGAGCAUCUCUCGUGAACUAGUUACCACUUGGGCCGAUCAUGUCGAUCUUCGGAACACAUUUGGCCUGAGCGAAUGUGCCCAACUGAACUUCGGAAAGCGUCUCUCUCGUAGCAGCAACCCUGGCAUCGUCGGACGCCCCACAGAUACCACGCAGGCAUAUGUCUUGAAACCCGGUACCACUGAGCUGACCCCGAUGGGCGUCGCCGGUGAGCUUUGUUUGGCAGGGCCGCAGUUAGCACUGGGCUACCUCGCCUCAAGCACUGCUUCUAAGAAUUCAACUGCAGCCGCUUUUGCAGAAAAUCCCUUCGGCGUGGGACGAAUGUACCGGACUGGUGAUGUCGCUAGGAUCCACGCUGACACUUCUAUUGAGAUCCUGGGUCGCAUGGACUUCCAAGUCAAGCUCAAUGGACAGAAGGUCAAUCCAGCUGAGGUCAACAGAGUUCUAUCCCAGCACGAAGCUGUCCAAAGUUGUGCGACCGUUGCCAUUGAGAUGCGAGAACGACUUGUAUUAGUGGCAGCUAUCGUCCCCGCUCCCGGUAACCGGUGGAGCGAAAUGGUUUCCUCGAUGCGAGACCACAGCAAGCAGAAAUUGCCGGCUUACAUGGUGCCUUCCCUGUGGAUGCAGAUGUCUAAACUUCCGGCCAAUGGAAAUGGAAAAGUGGACAUUCGCGCAAUUGAACGUGAAGCACUUGCUAAAGGGUGGGAGGGCCUGGUUGAAGCGGGUGCCUCAGAUGCUGCUUUCGAGGCCAUCACCGACCCAAUUGAGCAGCUUAUCGCUGAGGUUUGGGCCGAUGUGCUUGCUCUUCCUAAGCAGUCCAUCCAUCGUGACACCGCUUUCCUUUCGCUGGGUGGAACUUCCAUUGAAGGCAUCAAGGUCACUUCGGAGUUGCGGAAACGCGGCAUAGCCAUCGAUCUUGGGGAUGUACUUGGAAACGCCACCUUGAAGGAAACAAUGUCUCUCGUGACAGUUGUGGAAGAUGGCAGCGAUGAACUGCAGCCAUUUGCCCUUGUUCGGGACCUCGAAGUGCAGCAGGAACUUCAUGCCGAUCCUAACAUCAGUGAUGCUUAUCCAGCCACUCCUCUGCAAGAGAGCCUGCUCGCUAGCUUGGGCGAGGACCAGGGAAUGUAUUCCUACCAGAGGACCUGGGAUGUAGCUCGUCUUGACAUUCGCAAGUUGCGAGAGAGCUUCAGCACUGUGCUUGAGUCGAGCGAUAUUCUCCGCACAUCGUUUAAGCCCCAGGGCCGCAGCCUGCUCCAAGUGGUCCGAAAAGAUAUCGCCCUUCCUUGGGUGGAGACUACGGCAGACCUUGCAGAAUAUCUUGCAGAUGAUAAGAAACAGGCAUUUUCUCUUUCCGGCCCCUUGUUCAGAGUGGCUGUCGUCUCCCAGAAAGUCCUUGUUGUCACCAUGCACCACUCCCUGUUUGAUUACUGGUCGCACCGCUUCGUCUACCAGGAUGUUGCAGAAAUCUACCUGGGUCUUCAAAUCCGCCCACGGCCACAGUUUAAACACUUUGUGAAACACAACAUGUCUACAUCCCCAGUGGAACAUGACCGUUUCUGGAGAACGUAUCUUACCAAUACGGAACCGAGUGUCAUCAACACCGUGCCGGUGGACCAAACAACCGUGGCCCAACGCAAGCUUCCCGAGGGUCCUCUUCGCCAGUCGCUUCAACUCCAUGGGCUCUCACUAGGCGCCGUCCUGUAUGGAGCAUGGGCCAUUGUUCUUUCGAACCACACUCGCCAUGCUGAUGUGAUAUUCGCAACCACACUCUCCGGCCGUGACGUUCCUGUGCUUGAUGUAGACCGCCUCGAUGGCCCUACCCUGACUACUGUGCCUCAGAAGGUGAAUGUGGCGCCCGAGACAACGCUCAUUCAGCUAGCCCAAACUGUACAGGCGAAUCUGUUCAAAAUUCUGAAGCACUCCCAGCAUGGUAUGCGCAAUGCGCUCGCUGCUGGAAACCUAGUAGCGAGUGGCUUCGAUUCAAUGGUGAACAUCCUGGUGAAAGAUCAUGACGGGGAUCAAGUCAAUCAGAUCUUCCAGCGAUACGGGGAUCGCUCCACCUGGGACUCCGAGUUCACCAACUUGGAUGUUGAAAAUGAUGGCGAGGCACUUGUGAUGAAGCUUUCAUCAAAGAUGGAGCCUCGACGUGUCGAGUUCCUUCUUGAGUCCUACGAAAAGGUGCUCCGGGUAUUCAUGCAGAACCCAACUAAACUCAUCUCAGCCCUAGAUAUCAUUGGAGAGGCGGAGACUGAAUUUUUGUACAACGAGAUCUCAAACAGGAAGACUCUACAUGUGCCCCGUCCUUCGCUUUUGCAUGCGAGCUUUGAGGAUCACGCCCGAGAAUCUCCCGAUACCCAUGCUAUCGACUGGGAUGGAGCAACCCAGCUUUCAUAUGCAGACUUGAACGCCCGUGCUAAUCGUGUUGCACAUUAUCUGGUCAACAUGGGAGUGCGCGUAGGAGACUCUGUUCCUCUGAUGCUGGAGAAGUCCAUUGAUACCAUUAUUGCAAUCCUCGGUGUCAUGAAAGCUGGCGCCGCCUAUGUGCCACUGAGCCCGGACAACCCGGUGGACCGUAACUCGUUCAUCAUCGACGAUGUGAAGGCACGAACGAUUCUGACCGAAGCCGAGCAUGCCGAUGUGUUCUCUAUGAUUCCCAACCUGAACAUCGCUCGGAUCGAUACGCCAGAGAUCGACCAGUUCCCUGCAUCCUCUCCUGUGGUCCACACCGUUCCUGACAGCACUGCCUACAUUAUUUACACCUCCGGCAGCACGGGCAUGCCAAAGGGAGUACAGGUACCCCACCGCGCUGCGGCUGCGGCUGUCGUCAGCAUGGCUAUUGCUGAAAGCAGACAUUCUGGCGAGUGGAGAACCCUCCAGUUUGCUAACUAUGUUUUCGAUGCCUCGGUGCAGGAUAUCUUCAACACUCUUAGCACCGGUGGAACCCUAUGCAUGGCGCCUCCUGACAAGAUGCAGUCCGACCUUCCAGGAGUUAUCAACGCAUUGUCAGCCAAGCAAGCUAUCCUCACACCAACUGUCGCAAAGCUGCUUGAGCCCAGUGAGGUGCCCUCUUUCGAAACACUGAUAGUUGGUGGAGAGCCCCUCACAUCAGAUGUCAUUGCUCGCUGGAGUCCAGGGCAUCGCAUCCUCAACGUCUACGGCCCUACGGAGACCUCCAUGGUGAUCACAACCAAAGAGGUUAAUCCUAGCGGUCGUCCAAGCAACAUCGGUGUACCAUUCCCAACAGUCAUGGCCUUCAUCCUGCACCCUGAUGGUACUACCAUGGUUCCAUAUGGUUCGGUUGGUGAGCUUUGUGUGGCUGGGCCUCAGGUUACUGACGGGUAUGUCAACCGUGAGGACCUUACCAAGGCUGUCUUUUUGGAAAACACAUUGGGCACCGACCGCAUGUACCGAACCGGCGAUCUGGCAAGAUGGCUUCCUGGUGGUGAGUUGGAGUGCUUGGGCAGGAAAGACAACCAGGUCAAGAUUCACGGCCAUCGUAUUGAGUUGACUGAGAUUGAACAAGCAAUCUUGAAGACUGGAUUGGUUCAAGGAGCGGCAGUGCUAGCAGUCAACCACAACGGCAAGAAGCAACUCGUUGCAUUCUGCAUCUUCGCCGCUGGUUCCUGUGAAAUCCAAGAGGCUGAUGACCACCAGGCUGCUGCCAAGGACCUGCGAGCGGGUCUCAAUACCCUGGCUCACUACAUGAUUCCUAAAUAUAUCCUUCCAGUCGGAGACUUCCCCAAAAUGCCCUCCCGCAAGACCGAUCGGAAGCUUCUCACCAAGUGGGUCGAGCAGCUGGACACACUCACCAUCAGCCAAUACUCCUUCGAGGGUGACGGGUCGCAACAUGAGGUUGUUCCCGUGGAGACCGAGGAAGAGUCAAAACUGCAAGACAUGUGGUCUAAGGUUCUUGGUCUCCCCUCAUCUGGCAUCGGAAAGAAAGCAGAUUUCUUAUCUCUGGGCGGCGACUCUAUUGCAGCCAUCAGCCUGGCUAGUGUUGCUCGCAGUGCUGGAUAUCUUCUCAGUGUCAAGGAUAUACUGAAGAACCCGGUCUUGGAGAAUCUCACAUCAAUGAUGCGUCCUGACACAAGAGGUGCUCAAGUACUGAAGCCGAGCUACACUGCCCCGGACAGUGUGCUUGAUGCUAUUCGCGAGCAUGGCAUGUCGAUCGGUGAUAAUGUUGAAUAUGUGUACCCAUCGCCUCCAGGACAAGUCCAGUUCCUCGAAGAAGGUGACCGUUCUGACCAGAUGUGGGUGCUGAUGGCCGUUCGCAAAAUGCCAGAGUCCGCCAGUUAUCAAGACUGGAUCCACAACACCAGUCGUCUGACGGAGGUCAAUGACAUUCUGCGCACCACCUGGCUUCGCACCUCGGAAGCCCAGUGGGCAGGUGUCGUCAUGAAGCACGCAAAUUUGGAGGUACCCAUCAUUUCCUGCGAUAGCGAGGAGCAGCAGUCGGAAAUCAUCGAGGAAUUCUGGAAUGAGCGUUUCCAAUUCGGAAAGCCUUUCAUCAAAUAUGCUAUUCUUCUGCAUUCCGACAACACCUGGGAUGUAGCCAUCAAAAUGAACCAUGCUGCUUACGACGGUACCUUGCUUCGCACAUUUGAUGAUCACUUUGCCGCCAUCCGCCGAGGCACGCCAAUCCCCAGUCAUGGAGAGUUCAAGGACUUCGCCAACUUUAUCUUCCAGUCAGAUAAGGAGGAAUCACUGCGAUUCUGGGCUGAGACAAUGAAAGGCAAGCAUUAUACCUGGCCCCAGGCGCAGAGCCCCAAGAUCACCGCUGCCAUCCGGGAGAUCAUCCCGCGGAACUUUGAAUCUGUGGCUCGCGGACAGGGAGUCACCGUCCCCAUUCUCUUCCAAGCUGCCUACCAACUCUGGCUUUGCCGCGCAAGUGGUCAGAACGAUGUCAGCUUUGAUUAUCUUCUCAGCGGUCGCAAUGUGGACAUGGUGGAUGUCGACCCUCAGACCAUCAAUGGUACCUUGGCCAACUUCCUACCGGUCCGUGCACAAGUCGAUCCACACAGCGCCCUCGGCGACUACCUGGAAAGCGUCCAGGACAUCUUCUGGGGAAUCACCGAGCACGGUGAUGUUGGUCUACAUGAAAUCUUCAAUGCUGCCAAUCUAUCACGGGAAACUGCCAGCAAUCGAUGCCUUUUUCUCUACCAGCCAUUCGAGCCUGCUGCAAACGAGGAGUCCGAGGCUGAUCGGUGGCUGGUCAUGGCUAAGUCAAAGGUUCGGAUGUACCAGCCAUAUGCCCUGGUCGUGGAGGUUGCCAAGGCACUCAACAACCGGAACAAGCUCACUAUCAUGUAUGACACGGAUGUCUUCAACGAGGCCGAAGCACAGAAAAUUGCCUCGGAGAUUACAGCCCUGGUGGACCAAAUUGCGGAUCUUUGCGGCCAAAAUGUAUCCCUGCAGCAGUUCCUCCAGUGA